GAGAAAGCAGGGUGGCGGAAGCCCCAUCAGCUGAACAUGGAGGGGGCGCUGAUAGCCCGGGACCGAGUUGGCGUCCAAGAUCUUGUCCUUCUGGACUCGCACACGAGUGAAUCUGCCUUCUUGGACAACCUUUGCAAGCGAUACCGGGAGAACCUCAUCUACACAUACAUCGGGACGCUCCUGGUUUCAGUGAAUCCGUACAAGGAGCUGAAUAUCUACACAGUGAAGGAGAUGGGGCAGUAUAAAGGAGUCAACUUCUUUGAGCUCCCCCCGCACAUUUACGCCAUCGCGGACAACGCCUACCGCAUCAUGUGCACGGAGUAUAACGACCACUUCAUCCUGAUCUCGGGGGAGAGCGGAGCCGGCAAGACGGAAGCCUCCAAGAAGAUCCUUCAGUUCUUCGCCGUGACCUGUCCCACCACAGAGCAGCUGCGCGUGGUCCGGGAUCGCCUGCUGCUCUCCAAUCCCGUUCUGGAGGCCUUUGGGAAUGCAAAAACGUUACGGAACGACAACUCGAGCAGGUUCGGAAAGUACAUGGACAUCCAGUUUGAUUUUAAGGGAGCUCCCGUGGGCGGGCACAUCCUCAGCUACCUGAUUGAGAAGUCUCGUGUUGUUCACCAAAAUCCCGGGGAACGAAACUUCCACAUCUUCUACCAGCUGCUGGAAGGCGGGGAGGAAGAGCUGCUGCAGGGCCUCGGCCUGGAGCGCAACCCCCAGAAGUACCUGUACCUGGUGCAGGGCCGCUGUGCCAGAGUGCCUUCCAUCAACGACCGGAGCGACUGGAGGACCGUCCGCAAGGCCUUCGCCGUGAUUGAGUUUGCAAAGAGGGACACCGAGAACCUCUUCGGCAUCAUCGCCAGCGUCCUGCACUUGGGCAACGUCCAGUUCGAGGAGGACAACAACGGACACGCGAUCAUCACCCGGGGCACCCAGCUUCGGUGGAUCUCCAAGCUGCUGGGCGUCCACCUCUCCAUCCUUCAGGAAGCUCUCACGCACCGGAAAAUCGAGGCCCGGUUUGAAGAGGUUUUGAGCCCACUGGACGUAGACCUGGCAUUUUAUGCUCGUGACGCCGUAGCAAAGGCGAUCUAUGGACGGACGUUUACUUGGCUGGUCAACAAAAUCAAUGGCUCUUUGGCAAACAAGGAUCUCACCAGGAAAACCGUGAUUGGAUUACUGGACAUAUACGGCUUUGAAGUCUUCGAGACAAACAGUUUUGAGCAGUUCUGUAUCAACUACUGCAACGAGAAGCUGCAGCAGCUGCUUAUCGAGAUGACCUUAAAGGCAGAGCAGGAGGAGUAUGAGGUCGAAGGCAUUGAGUGGGAGCCUGUCCCGUAUUUCAAUAACAAGAUCAUUUGUGACCUCGUGGAAGAGAAGCACAAGGGCAUCAUCUCCAUUCUGGACGAAGAGUGUUUGCGGCCGGGCGAGGCGACUGAUCUGAGUUUCCUGGAAAAGUUGGAGGAGAAAGUAGGAGACCAUGCCCACUUCUUGACCCGGAAGCUUGCAGACCAGAAGACACGGAAAUCGAUUGACUGGAUGGACUUCCGCCUCCUUCACUACGCCGGGGAAGUGACCUACUGCGCUGUGGGAUUCUUGGAGAAAAAUAAUGAUCUUCUCUACCGGAACCUUAAAGAGGUGCUGUGCAAGUCGAGAAACGGCAUCCUCAGGGAAUGCUUCCGCUUACCCGAGCUGGACAACCGGAAGAGGCCCGAGACCGUCGCGACGCAGUUCAAGUCCAGCCUGGCCAGCCUGAUCGACAUCCUCAUGUCCAAGGAGCCCUCCUACAUCCGGUGCAUCAAACCCAACAAUGACAAAGAGCCGGACAAAUUUGACGACGCGCUGAUAAGGCACCAGGUGGAGUACCUGGGGCUGAUGGAGCACCUGCGGGUGAGGCGAGCCGGCUUCGCCUACCGGCGGAAAUACGAGCACUUCCUGCAGAGGUACAAGUCCCUGUGCCCGGAGACGUGGCCACACUGGCGCGGCUCGGCUGCCAAGGGGGUGGAGAAGCUGGUCCAGCACAUCGGCUACAGACCAGAGGAGUACAAAAUGGGAAGGACCAAAAUAUUCAUCCGUUUCCCGAGGACUCUGUUUGCCACGGAAGACGCCUUUGAAUACAGAAAACAUCGCCUGGUUUCCAGGAUACAAGCAAAAUACAAAGGCUGCCUUGGGAGGCGGGAGUUCCAGAGGAUGCGGGACGCUGCCAUCAAGCUGGAGGCCUGCUGCAGGGGGGUCCUGGCACGCAAGCUGGCCAAGAAGCGCAUGUGGGCCGCCCAGACGAUCCGGAAGUACAUAAAGGGGUUCAUCCAGCGGAAGCAGCCGCUCGGCCCCGAGAACCGGGACUUCGUGAGGCUUGUGCAGCGCUCCUACCUCAUGAAGCUCCGGGACCACCUGCCGAGGAACGUCUUGGACAAAAGCUGGCUCCGGCCCCCGGAGAUCAUGGAGCAGACGUCCGAGCUCCUGAAGAAGAUCUGCAUGAGGAACCUCGUCCGGAAGUACUGCCGGGGCAUCACGGCGGAGAGGAAGACACAGAUGGAGCAAAAGGCGAUUGCCAGCAGCAUCUUCUGCGGGAAGAAGGCGGGCUACGCGGAGAGCCUGAGCAAACCGUUUGUGGACACCAGGCUAAGCGAGAGCGACCUGAGCCCCAAGAUCCUGCAGAUGAUCCGUCACGAGAAGGUGAAGUACGUCACGCCGGUGGUGAAGUUCGACCGCAACGGCUUCAGGCCCCGGGAGCGGCUGCUGGUGCUGACCCGCGUGGCGCUGUACGUGGUGGACGCGGCCAAGAUCAAGCAGAAGAUCGAGUACGCGGCGCUCAAGGGUGUUUCUACCAGCAACUUGAGUGACAGCAUCUUGGUCCUGCAUGUCUCAGAAGACAACAAACAGGAGAAGGGAGACGCCAUCCUGCAGUGUGAGCACCUCUUCGAGACGGUCACCAAGCUCUGCCUGCUGGCCAACAAGCAGGACGCGGUCGUGGUGGCCCAGGGCAGCCUCCAGUUCCAAAUCGGGUCGGGGAAGGAGGGCACCGUGGUCUUCACCACCGGCCAGGAGCCUCACGUCUACAAAGCCAAAAACGGACAGCUGACCGUGGUAUCAACCAAAGCACAGUCUUGACGGACACACGAGGUCUCAUGUUGCCUUGCCCCACCUGCUUGGAUGAGAGAGUGACCCACGCAGCACCUGGAUGCAGAAGAGAAGCAGCACCUGCUUGAUUUUGGACCUUUCACAGAGGAUUACGAUCGCGAUGCCAUAAAACCACUGCCUUGCGCACCGCCUGCGUUUCCAGUCCAUCCCGCUUCAGCUUUUCUUAACGCGGAGACACUCUUCGUGCUGCUGUGACUAUUCAGACCGCCAUCGCUGCUUGUAGAAACAUCCCAGGAAGAGGUACAGACCAGGCCUGCAUUUGUCUUAUAACUUGCCUCUCAAUCAGAAUCAACGUGAUUUCUGAGCAGGACGGGAAGGGCUGUGGUAGAGGUGCUGAAGGCCGGGCCGAGCAUGCCUUCCUUCCACAAAUGUUCUGGGCAGCGCAGAAAUUCACGCAGGCAGCAGCGUCCAUCUUCCGUUUUACUGGCCCAUUUGACGUGGAAAUGGCGCCCCGCUUUGGGGGCCGACUCCCGUGCGUCGGCAGGAGAAAAUCCUGCUCCUCGGGUCACGCCUCUGCUUCCCCUUCUGUAUUAGUGGCAUGUGAUGUGCUGAAAUAUUAAAAGGACGAUG